GAACAAGGUGUAAUUAUUUUUUCCCACGUAUCGUUAUUAUGAGCAAGCUUCAAAGUCCAUACUGUACACAAUAACGCCAUCUACAAAUAUCGAAUAUUGCUGUUUGGUUAAAAACACAACUCGCUUUGGUUAAAUUAUCUAUUUCAAACAGAUAACAAUGCUGAAUCACUGAUGGAAAAGUUAUACGUAUUAAACGCCAAUAUAAUCGAUUUAAAGUUUAUAUCACAUAAAUAUAAAUUGCUGAUAGAUUCUUAGUAUAAAAUGCGUUAAUGAUUACAUUAACCUAAAUGUUACAAAGAUAGAAUUUAUUUUACAGCAGUACUUCGCACUCUAAAAGUUUCAACGACAAAUAAAGUAUGAGUCGCGUUGAUUUAAAAGUUGUUUUACUAGGUAACGCGGCUGUAGGAAAAACUAGCCUUGUAGAACGUUUCGUGAAUGAAAGAUUCAAUGAAAGUCUGUCAUACCAAAAUACUAUAGGAGCUGCAUUUGCAGCGAAGCAAAUGCAAGUCGAUGGAAAAAAGCUUAUCAUGGGAAUAUGGGAUACAGCAGGCAGUGAAAAAUAUAAUGCUAUGAUUAAAUUAUAUUAUCGUGGUGCAAAAGCAGCUGUAGUAUGUUAUGAUAUUACAAAAUCAAAUACAUUUCAAAAAGCAAAAUACUGGGUAAAAGAACUUAGGUCUGUUGAAGAAGGCUGUAAAAUUUACAUUUGUGCUACAAAAAAGGAUAUCUUGCAGCAUGGUGUAGUUGCUUCUCCUGAUAUAGAUGUUGUAGAAACAUAUGCUGCAGGCAUUCAGUCUAAGUUUUUUAUAACAUCUAGUAAAACUGGAGAAAAUGUUGCUGAAUUGUUUAAUGAAAUUGCUCAAGACUUUGCAUCUGAUCCAGAAAAUGCACCCAUAUUAGAGGAAACAAUUGAUAUAAGUAAUAAAUCUAAAGGAACACAUUGUUGUUAAUAAAUAUAUAAUCAGUAUUAAGAAUUAUCAUAA